CUCUUCUUCCUCCUCUCUCUCCCCAUCUCCCCUUUCUUUGUCUCUCUUGCGCUGGGGAUGGGCACCAGAUGCGGCCGGCGACGACGACGGCGGCGGAAAUAGAGAAGAGCGGCCACCGGCCAUCUCUCUCUUGCGGGCGCGCUCGCUGGUAGGCCAGGGAAACCACCCUCAAAACCGCCGCGCGACGCCGCCCUUUCCCGCCACCGACCCCUCCCCUCUGGAGGAUGAAAACCUCGCCGCGCGACGGGGACACUGCCGACGAACGAACGAACGAUGCGUCCCUCCUGGUGCUCCGUCGCCACUCCAGAUGGGUCUCCUUGAGGUUGAGGACCUCCUCUUCGCCCCGCGCGUCGACGGCGGCGGCGGCGACGACGAGGGCAUGGCGGCGCCCGACUACGCCAUCCCUCCCCUCUCCCCCACCGCCUCCUCCGUCGUCCACCGAUGCGCCCGGAUCGCCGGCGUGGAGGUGGAGCAGCUGCUCCGGCGGUUUGAGCCGGAGAAGGGGGACCAGCCGCUGGUGUACGCCAGGAGCGUCGUGGAGUACUGCUCCUACAUUGCCCUGUGCGUCGAGACCAAGCGCCAUGACUACCUCAGCGACAGCGAGUUCCACUCGCUCACCUACGACAUGAUAAUCGCCUGGGAAGCGCCCGACGACGAGACGGACGCCGCGUUGUAGGGUGCUGAGAUUUGCAAAACGUAUAUCAGGUGACCAUCACCGAUCUCUCCCCGGCGCCCAUGCACGGAAGGCAGCUGCGCGUCGCCUACCAGGGUGUCCUGGCUCCCGGGUGCCUACAGCGAGGCGGCGGCGGCCAAGGCCUACCCAUUCUGCGACGCCAUCCCCUGCGACCAGUUCGAGGUGGCCUUUCAGGCCGUGGAGCUCUGGAUCGCCGACCGCGCCGUCUUCCCCGUCGAGAACUCCCGCGCCGUCGUGCCCGUCGAGCAUCCCUCGGGGAGCUCACCCUCAACGCCAUGGGCCUCAACGUCGCCCGCGAGGCCUUCGACGACACCGCGGCCGCCGCCGAGCACGUCGUCGCCGCGGGGCUCCGGGACACCGCCGCCAUCGCAUCCUCCCGCGCCGCCGACCUGUACGGGCUCCAGGUGCUCGCCGACGGCAUACAGGACGACGCCGGGAACGUGACGCGGUUCGUGAUGCUGGCGCGGGAGCCCAUCAUCCCGCGAACGGACCGGCCCUUCAAGACGAGCAUCGUGUUCGCGCACGACAGGGAGGGGACGUCGGUGCUGUUCGGUGCUGUCGGCCUCCGCGUUUCGGGACAUCAGCCUGACCAAGAUCGAGAGCCGGCCACACCGCUCUUCUGAACUGAAGAGAGGGGAGAUG